AUGACUUGCAUAUCAUUUGGUAAAACAAAUUCUGGCCUCCAGGCUGGUAUUAUCAAUGGCACGGUUAAUACACAGUUCUAUCUGCCCACAGAGCGACCGGAAACCCCACCAACUCCUCUAUCGACCGUCCCGUUCGGUCGCGACCCAGACUUUGUCAGCCGCGACACACUGCUUGAUCAGAUACAUAAAAAGAUAUCAGUCCCAGGGUCCAGGAUAGCUCUUGUAGGCAUCGGUGGUGUCGGGAAAUCGCAACUUGCUAUCGAAUACUGUUAUCGACUUCGAGAUCAAUCGCCCAAUACAUGGGUUUUCUGGGUCCAUGCAAGUAACGCGGCCCGGUUCGAGCAAAGUUUCCGCGAUAUCGCCGAGCAGGCCAAAAUUCCCGGGCGUCAGGAUCCCACAGCCAAUAUAUUCCAGCUCGUCGAAAGCUGGCUCCAGGAUAGGAAGAGAGUAAAGUGGUUACUGAUUCUUGAUAAUGUUGAUGAUGAUGGGUUUCUUCACCAGCCAUCAACGAUAGGCCAGCAGGGCCUGCAGAUCGGCCAAACUAAUACCCCGACAAAGCCUUUAUUGGAGUAUAUUCCCCGAAGCCCGAGCGGAUCUAUAAUCAUCACAAGUCGGAAUAAAGAGGUAGCGUCAAAGAUUGUCCACAACGAGGACGUUCUUGAAAUAGAACCAAUGGAUAGGUCCGAGGCGCUAAAACUUCUCCAACAAAAGCUUGGACGGCUAGCGGAAACUCCUGAUGUUCUAACGUUAAUCGAAGAGCUCGAGUUUAUGCCACUAGCGAUUGUGCAAGCAGCCGGCUAUAUCGUGCAUCGAGCACCCCGCUGUACAGUAUCGCAGUAUCUCGAGAAGUUUCGAAAGAAUGAUCACGAAGCGACCAAGCUUCUUCAUUAUGAGGCGGGUUAUCUUUAUCGAGAUUGGGAAGCGAAGAAUUCGAUUCUAGUCACAUGGCAAAUAUCCUUCGACUAUAUUCGACGGAUACGACCUUCUGCUACUGAUUUACUCUCCCUCAUGAGCUUUUUCGACCGACAGGGAGUUUCAGAGGACCUUCUCCAAAACUCGCACGAGAUUACGUUUGAUCGCCACGACGAGGAUACGGACAGCACAUCAGAAUCUAACACGGAUGAUGAGUUUGAUGAUGAUGUUACAACAUUGAGAGACUUUUCAUUUAUUUCCGUUAGCGAGAACAUAAAAGUGUUCACGAUGCACCGGCUAGUGCAACUUACUGUGCGUGUAUGGCUGAAAACCAAUGGACAAAUAGAGCGAUGGAAGGAGGAAUUCAUCGCGAGCCUAUACCAAAGGUUUCCGACCGUGGUGUCACAACGACCAGGAUCACACGACUCUCUACAAAAAUGGGCCACGCUACUCUACAAAGGCGCAUGGUAUGCUCAGGAAAGCGGCAACAUUGCGGAAUCAAAGGAUAUGGCAUCUAUAUCAAGGAGGGAGCGAGAGUUAAUAUUUGGCUUAGAGGGUGAACAGACCCUUGAGAGCACUACGAUGUUGGCGGGCAUAUACCGACUUGAGGGCCGAUGGGAGGAGGCCGAGCAGCUCUUCGUGGACCAGGGCCAAUGGGAAAAGGCAGAGCAGCUCUUUGUGCAGGUCAUGGAGGCUCGUAAGAUAAAGCUUGGCAUGGACUAUCCUGACACGCUGUCGAGCAUGAAUAAUCUGGCGUUGAGCUAUAAGGACCAGGGCCAAUGGGAAAAGGCAGAGCAGCUCUUUGUGCAAGUUAUAGAGACUCGCAAGACGAAGCUCGGCGCAGACCAUUAUAACACGCUAACGAGCAUGAACAACCUGGCAUUAACGUUGUGGAACCAGGGCCGAUGGGAUAAGGCGGAGCAGCUCAUUUUGCAGGUUAUGGAGACUCGUAAAACGAAGCUCGGUGCAGACCAUCCCUCUACGCUGUCCAGCAUAAACAACCUGGCGUUAAUCUAUAGGGACCAGGGCCGAUGGGAGGAGGCGGAGCAGCUAUUUGUGCGGGUCAUGGAGAGGAGCAAGACGAAGCUCGGUACGGACCAUCCUGACACACUGUCGAGCAUGAACAACCUAGCAUCGACGUUCUGGAACCAGGGCCGGUGGGAGGAGGCGGAGCAGCUCUUCGUGCAGGUCAUGGAGACUCGCAAGACGAAGCUCGGCGCGGACCAUCCUGACACGCUAUCGAGUAUGGCCAACCUGGCAUCGACGUAUAAGGGCCAGGGCCGAUGGGAGGAGGCGGAGCAGCUCUUUGUGCAAGUCAUGGAGACUCGCAAGACGAAGCUCGGCGCGGACCAUCCUGACACGCUGUCGAGCAUGAACAACCUUGCUCAUACCCUUAUGUCGUCGGGUCAAUACAAAGCCGCUUUGCAGUUGAUGGCCGAUUGCGUUCAGCUUCGCGACCGAAAACUAGGCCCUCACCAUCCGUAUACUAUUUCUUCCAAGUCUGCCCUAGAAGAAUGGCGCGGCAAAGUUGACUCCCCAUCUUCCCAACUCACUGAGCCUCCGACGGACACCAAAGAGGCCUCAAUCCUGGGCAGUUCCACAGAAACCUCCGAGUGA